CUAAGCUAGUAGUACUACAUAGAAUAGAAUCAUAUAACUAAAACUCUAAGAGGAUCAUGAGUCAAGCACUAGCAAGAAAGAUAUCAUUCUCAUGGGAAAAGAAACCAGGUAUCUCUAAGGAAAGUUUUAGUACUCAUGGUGAAAAUAUGAUUAUUCAAAGAGAGAAGGAUUUGAAGGCUAAGUUACCACCUCCUCCAAGUUCAUUAGAUGGAUCAAGUACUCCUAGGAAUCUUGGUCAUGAUUUUCAAAUUCCACUUCCUCCUUGUGCUUUUCAACCUCCUUAUUAUAGAACUUGUUCUAAAAAGGGACUUGAUGAUGAUCCUUUUUUGGCAGCUUAUAAAGAGUGUACCAAGAGUAAGAAAAGUGGUAAGAGGGACAAGAAGUUGAGUAAAGGUGGUGGUAGUUUUUGUGUAUUUAGGUCUUUUUUCUCAUGUAAGAGAUCUUGUCAUGUUUAUGACAAUAAUUUGGGUAGAAUCUCUCAUCACUCCCCACAAAACAUAGAUUGAGGUUGACAUGUAUGGUUUAAUUAAUCACAUAUGUAGUUACUUUCAUGAACUUGUGUUUUGUUUAGACUAGUCAAACAACUCUAGUGUUAUGUUCUAGGGGUGUGAAUAAUAGUUUCUUAAAAUGUUAUAAAUGAUAGUACUUAUGAUGCCUCUAGUUAACAAGGUAAAAACCAUUUCAAUCUAACUUAGUUUUUGAUUUUUGAACGAAAGGGGUGAUAUUUGGAGUUAAGCCAAUUUAAGCCCCCUUAGACAAAAAGGUAUGAAAUUUCUUUA